UCUAUUUUUAGCAUCGCACUGUCAGGAUUAUCUGUGUCCGGACCCUUCCUGCGACCGCAGCAUCCAGCUGUCUCCUGUUUAGGAUCGCGAUCGGGCCCCACAGAAAGUCGAGAACUCCUUACAAACUGGACUACUGCCGGGGUUCUCUUUCGGGGUCAUAUUUUCACAAGGAGGGCUAAAGCGAAAAGCUCGUUUUCGCGGAAGUUCGACGGAAACCAGCAUUGUUAAGAGAUCAGACACACAACCGACAGAAUGGAAGCUAACGUGGUGAUGGCAAAUAUGACCUGGCGGCCAUUAUGGCAGAUGGCUUUCGGAACCGUUCCCGUGGAGGAGUUCUUAUCUCCAAUGGGUGGAUCACUGCUGUACCUAACUAUUACGAUCCUCUCGGGUUUCAUCCUUAGAAUACUAAGCAAAGUUAUUCUUCAUCCGGUUAUCAGCGAAUACGUUUGCGAUUUCCUAGCAACUAUGGAAAUGUGCGCUUACUUUUAUGAAAAUAAUUUCAUUUUCAGUCGUUAUGGCCCUGUUUGGCUUUUCGUUGCAAUUGUCAUCGAAUGUGUCAUCGCCAACAGGACCUAUUUCGGUGCGUCUGAAAACCCUGUUAAAGCGUUGUACUCAUUAUGUAUGAAAGAAAUCGGCCCGGUCAAGGCUGUUCUAAAAAUAGCUGUUCAAACGUUGGCGGGAUUGGCGUCCUACAGAUUCGCCCGUUUUGUCUGGUCCCUAGACAUGGUUCCUGACCACCGCCAGAGAUACUACGAAACGAGCUGUGUGACUGACCUCAAUGUGACCUUGCUGUUCGGCAUGGGGAUAGAACUAGCCGCAACACUCACCGACACCUGGCUUGGAAUGCAGACUGUGAUGAAAAAUUCGUUCAUCGACGAAUUGAUCAAAGUAGGCAAUGGCGCCUUGAUGAUCGUUAUAGGUAUCUCUACAACUGGUAUGUACUUCAACCCUGCCAUGGCCACUGGUCACCUCCUAGGCUGCAAAGGGGCUACUAAUCAGGACCAUCUGAUCGUCUACUGGGUUGGGCCGUUCGUCGGAUGUAUCAUUGCCCUCCUCUUUGACCGUGUUCUCCACAUCGACGUCACGAAAUCCAAGCCAGUCGCAGCCGAUAAGAAGAAAAAAUGAUGACAUUUCGAGAAAUUACUACACGUUAUAUGAUAGGAUACCGGUUUUGUGUUCAAAUAUAGUGUUCACAAUUCUUCAUGAGGUUUUUAAGUAUUCGAAACUUUAUUAUAACAAAGUUGUCCGAACGUUUAUGAAAAAGUCCGAAACUAUUUAAUUGAAAGUGUCUGAGGAUUUUCUGUGUGUAAUUUGAACAAUAAUUAGUUACGUUAUGAGCUGUUUUGGUUUUCAGUUGUUAAAAAUAAGCAUAUUUGCACGCCGGAUUUAAUUUUGGCAGACGUGCAUGGCGUCGAAAUAUUUCGACACACAUAUUUGUAAAUCAAGACCGAUUUGAUAACCGUCCAUUAUAGGAACUCACCUCUGCAAGUGAUCAUUCAAGAUAUUUGCCAAAUUACUGUCAUGGUGAACUUCAACUUAGGUAUGAUGAAAGUUUGUUUUCUGUUGUCUCUUGUAGCUGAGUGUGUGUUCCCGUUGUUUGGAUAUUGAAUUUGCAUGUCGGGAAAAUGUCAUCGUUACGUAGAGUUAACUCCCUUCAACAUUCCAGUGGAGGAGUUUAUAUUUGGAUUACCUCCCUUGUCAUGUAUUAUAACAAAAUCGAUAUUGCUGCAUCUGAUGAAUUGAUUAUAUUGACAAUAUAGAAAUUAUCUCGAGUUUAGAUUGUACUGCAGGAAAAUCACUAGCGGUUACAUGUAGUUAAUUUAAUGUUUUCUCCUUGGUUGUGCUACUUAUAAAUCUAUCAAAAACCUUCCACAAAAUAUGCUGUGAUAUUGAAUUAACCCUUUACCUAAUGAAUACAUAUAAACACGUUGUUAGCAUGAAAUGUUUUAUUGUAGGUCUUAUUCCAUAUACACACAGCUGUUAACACAUUGGACUGUUAUUUAUUACUUUUCCUAUUAAAAAAUAAUAAGAAUAAUAAUGUCGUAUUUUCUUAAUCACGAUAAUGACAUAAAAUGCAAUAUUAGUUAUCAAGAUUAUUUCGUAAUAAUCAUAAUUUAAACAGUUACAAAUUGAUUAUAUUAAUAAAAAUGGUGAAAGUGUUCUCAACUUUCAAUUCAGAUGAACCAAACUGA